UAUAAAUAAAAAUUUUAAAAUGAGUUAUGAAACUUAUAUUUAUUUUAUUCUUGAUUAUAUAUUUUAGUUUUAUAGAUAUUUCCCUUUCCAUGAAAUUUAAUGGUAAUUCCAGUUGUUUGGUUCGGAUUCCAUUUCAUUUGUUGAAUAAUUUCUGCUUUAUAAAGUUCAAAUCAAUUUUUAAUCCCAUGAUGAGUUCCACUAAAUCUUCUGAAGUCACUAUCGACUUAGACCCUUUCUGUUUUAAACAAUUUGAUAAAAAGGGUAUAAAUUACAUACCUUACCCUAAAGAAUCUUUCGUUGAAAAGGUUAGAGAUUCUCUUAGAAAUGGCUCAGUUUUAAGGGACGGAUACGCUCCGUUUUGUAAACAUUUAAUUCUCAAAAACUUCACUGAUGCCACUUGUGGAUUUAUAGAAAUUACUGACAAAAAUUCUAAUCUCCUAAGGUCAGGAUAUGUUUCAAGAACCGCUAAUGAGCUUCCUGUUCUCAGUAGAUGGUUUUCAAAGAGUGAAGUCUCAGAUUAUGUUAAAAGAGCAGAAUAUCUAGAUGUGAUUCUAUACUCCAGAGAACAAGUCAUAAAGGAAUACAAAGCCAUGAAAAUUUACGAAGAUGAUUCCAAAUUUCAACAUGAUUAUUACGUGAUUUCAAUAAAGCCUCAGGACGUGGAUCAUGAACUUCCAAUGCUACCAAUAACGUAUUUUUCCAACUUAAUUUAA